AUGGAUCGCAUACGCAACUUUUUUGACGAUGUUUCGGCAUUUUUUCACAGUCCGUUGUUCAACCCCGAUUUCAAGAACAAGAUGCACUUGAUUCAAGUGACGCUGGUAAUCACCAUGAUCAUCCUAACUGGCGCACGUGUCGGAAUUAAGCCAAGUGGGAUGCCUGUGACAAGAUCCGAUACGCUCGGAAUCGUGAUGGGAAUCAAAACUUUGGUAAUACUCUCGUACCAACUCGCGACAACCCACUUUACCAAGUUUCGACGUUGGCGAAGUCUCAAGGCGUACCAGAUUCUGAAUACAAUGGAGAUUCUCUUCUGGUUUGUGGUUGUCAUAAUCACUUUCAUGGGAAUCUCGCGCUAUUGUCAGAAUGCAUAUUGCGGUUUGAGCUGGUUGAUCGUUCUGAUCGCCGUCAUUUUAACUCGUAUGAUCCACAACGACGAAUGA